AUGAAUCCCUUACAUGAAAAACUAGAAGGUGAUGAUGUGGUAAAGCAUAUUAUUAGGCUAAGAAAAAAGUACGGUUGGGAAACAAUAUUGCCAGAAAGUAAAUUUGAUGUCAAGCAAUGCAAAUUAUCAGUUCAGAAGACUCUUCAAGAGGAACAAAUGAAAGAUGAUGGAGAAUUUGUAUACUGCCUUUCUCAAAAAUGUUCUGAAACUUUGUAUAAUCCUUAUGAUCUCCAAGUGGUAUCUUCUCAGAAUGCUAGACGUUGCAAAGAAUUCUGGACAGUUUCUGCUUCAUUUAUCUCAAAAAUUGUAAAAACAGGCCAGACAGAAGAGACAGAACUCAUACCAACUCCACAAUGGCUAUUAGAAAAAAGAUAUUACUAUUUUUUACAGCAAUUCAGGAUAUUUUCCAAUUUCCGAAUAAAUAAAGCUUUUGUUACCUGGAAAUUCAACGUUAAAAGAGUUAAGAGGAAAAGGUGCUUAUAUUAUCUGAACUGCCAUCUCUUUUUUGCUGAUAAGUUAUUUCAAGAAUGUCUGUAUUAUAUAAAAGGACUUUGUGAAGAUGCACUUACUAUCAGAAUUCAUUAUGGCCAUAAAACUAAUCCCUCUAUCAUAUUUCUUGUAAAGCUGGAUAACACUAGAACAUAUUCUCUAGAAGAGUUUUGUGAAGAACAAUUACAGCAAGUUACCCAGGCAACAAAGCAACUUGAAGAUAUCAGAGAUAAAUCAAUUUCAGCAAUUAAGGAUGUCAUUUUAAAGGUGGCAAAAAGGGAAAAUAUUGAAACAUACUUUGUGCCAGAAGUUCCUGAACAGAAUACAGCACAUUUCAUGUUGCCAAAAUACAAACGUUUAUUAGAAAGAGUUUUGAGGUUUCUGAAGCUGAUUGACUGCUUAUUUCUGGAACUAAUUCACCAAUUAAUGCAUAAUGCAAUCACAAUGCUUUUGGAAUUCUUUCAUUGUUCUGCAAGUAUGCUGUUGUCAGUGGAAAAAAAGAAUGAACAUCUUUUCAAAAUAUACAAAGAUGUCUUUGCUUAUGUUGGAAAGAUGACAAAUGACCAGGAGGAUCCUACUAGUAUUUCAAAUUUACAAGAUACUUAUUUUCUAAAGUCUGAAUUAAAAGCAGAAGCUGAAAUUAAUGAGAUUUUGAAUGUUAUUAAAGUGGAUAUGAGAAAAAAAUAUGCACCAAUAUUUAAAGUCCAUCUACACUUGAGAAUUCCUUCUGAGAGUGAUUUAUUAGAAAAUUUAUGUGAGACCAGCUGUGACCCCAAAAUGUAUGCUGGAAACUCUAAAAUUCCUGAAAGCAAAUUUCUCACAAAAUCUUCAAGUGAAAUACUAUAUCCAGUAAAGAUACACAAAACACGUCAUUGGAAUCUUGAAGCAAUGUUUUCAGACAUAGAACUUGAGAAUGAUUUUGAGAAUAAAGACGUGACGUAUGAGGAACUUUCAGAAUUCCCUACAAACAUAUUUUUAGAACCAAACAGAUUUGAUUUUUCAAUAAAAAUUCAAAAUAUGCUGGCUGAAAUGGAAAAAUGUAUAACUACAGUGAAACCUCUUUGCCAAGAUCCUCGCCUGGAUAUCUUUACUAAUUCUGUUUUAACUGUGGAUUUUCCUAACAAUACAGAAAGAGAACUAGAAUGUAAUAAGCGAAAAAAGAGGCUAGAUUGUGAAAUCCUUUUUGAAAAAGAUCCUAUAUACCAAAGGAAAGUUGUGUGUCUCCUGACCAUUAUUGGUCAUUCAAUGGGUUUAGUUAAUGCCUACAGUCACAGAUUUUUACAAUAUUGUUCCAUUACAUCAAAGGCCAAAAUCAUGAGUAUGAGAUUAUCAGAUAUGAAAGAAUUUACUCCAACGCAGUUUAAAAUUAUCCUAGAAAAUUCUCGAAAGUACCUUAAACGUGUUAUUACUAUGACUAUUGAAAAGCGUAUUGGCAUUUUCAGCAUACUAACUUUUGAUUAUCAGUCAGAAUGUUUACCAUAUGUCGACAAUAUUGUAACUAUUAGCAAUAAUGCCUUGUUAUCUACAAUUAAAAAAAAGAGUGUAAAUAUUUUGAAGGUUGUGGAAUCAUUAUUGAAAAAUUUGAUACAUGAACCCACUGAAACAAAACAAUUUGCAGAACACUUUACUUUUUUGGAUAAACUUCCCUCCAAAAUAGCUACAUUAGAAAAAGAGUACUCAAUAAUUUCUGAGCUGAAUUCUAUUUUAAGAUAUUACCAGAUUCCUACAACAGAACAGCAAAAUGUUGUCUAUAAAAUAUUUCUUACCAAGUUUAGCGAACUGAAAGCUACCUCAAAGAUUAGAGAAGCAAAUAAAGACGACACUAUUGUGAAAUUCAGGGAAAAUUUGGAAGACUGCAUGAUUCGUCUACGGGAUGAAGUUUGUGAUUUAAAGGACAAAGUAAGAACACCCACUCUGUUACAAGCCAGUACUCCAGUGUCAACUGCAAUGGAAAUUAUCCAGACCCUCUUGCAGGAAACUUCCACUCUAGCUAUAAGAACUAAAAUAUAUUCAAGCUACCAGGAUCGAUUGAGCGAUGCCCAGUAUCAAAUCUGUCCCUUUAAUAUGGUAGAGGUUACACAAACGGUGCGUUCAAAGAUCUCUGACAUUGAAUAUGACUUAUCCCUACGGAAGCUAUUAUGGGAGUCACAAGAGAAAUGGAAAGUCCUCUUUGGGGAAUGGAGGAACAGCAUUCUUCACAGUAUCGAUGUAGACACCAUACAGAAAAAUGUUUCAAAAUGGAUGCACAUCAUCUUUGUGCUAGAAAAAGGUUUACCUAAGAACAACAUGGUAAUCCAACUGAAGCAGUCCGUGGCAGAUUUUAAACAAGAGCUCCCUGUUAUCAUAGCUCUGAAAAACCCCUAUCUCAAGCCAAGGCAUUGGGAGCGACUUCAAAUGAUUACUGGGAAGUCCGUUACAUUUGAUAAAAACUGCACAAUAGAGAAUCUUGAAAAACUUAAGUUGUUUCAUCAUAAAAAUGAAAUAAAUGAAAUCUCAGCCUCUGCAACUAAUGAAGCUUCUCUGGAAAAUUUGCUAUUGAAAGUUAUUGAUCUUUGGAACAAAACUCCUUUAGGUUUGGUUCCUCAUUCCACAGAAAACUAUUCUAUAAUGAUACUUCCAUCUAUAGAACACCUAAUGACUCAGUUAGAAGAAUCUCAAAAUUUACUUUUAACAGCUAAAGGAUCUUCCUAUCUUGGGCCCAUUAAGGAUAUUGUACACGAAUGGAUUGAAAACUUGACACUCUUCUCUCACACUAUUGAGGAAUGGAUGAAAUGUCAGGCCACUUUGCUUAAUCUUGAACCAGUCUUUCAUUCUUCAGAAAUACAAAGGCAGCUCCCAGAAGAAAAUAGACUCUACUCUGAGGUGAUUUUCUCAUGGAAAAAGAUUACGUCAAAAAUACAAAACAAGCUGAAUGCUUUGCGAGUAAUCAUUUCUACUGGAGUCCUUAAUCAACUGAAAAUUUGCGGUGCAAAUCUUGAAUACAUUGAAAAAUGUCUUGAGAACUACCUUGAAAUUAAAAGAAUGAUUUUUCCAAGAUUUUACUUCCUUAGCAACACUGAACUUCUUGAUAUUCUAGCUAACAGCAAAAAUCCUGAAUCUGUAGAGCCUUACCUUACGAAAUGUUUUCAAAAUAUAAGACAAUUAAGGCUUUGGAAACAAGAAAUUGGCCCCUCUGCUGUGAAAAUGCUCAUCUCUGCUGAAGGAGAAGCUCUUGUGCUACCAAAGAAAAUUCAUAUAAGAAGUGCUGUAGAAAAGUGGCUGGUAAAUGUUGAGAAAGGCAUGUUUGAUGUGCUUAAAAAAUUUAUAAGCCAAGGGAUUGAAGAUUGGAAUACCCAAUCUUUUUCCCAAUGGGUGUUAUCCCAUCCAGGACAAGUGGUGCUCACUGUGAGCCAGAUAAUAUUUUAUAAUAAUUGCCUCAGAAGCUUUGCAAAUCCUCAAGCAAAGAGAGAGUUGGGAAAAGUUCAUGUUGAUAUAAUUCAUUGCCUGGAAGUAAUUGUGGAGCUAGUAGGACUGGAUGUUAGUAACUCUCGCACAAAAGCUGUACUAGGUGCAUUGCUUGCCAUUUAUGUUCACUGCAGAGACAUAGUGAGUGAUCUGCUACUUAAAAAUACCACUAAUGCAGAUGAUUUUACAUGGACAAGAUAUUUGCAAUAUAAAUGGAAUGAAAAACAAAAGUUGUGUUAUGUAUCACAAGGAGAUGCCAGCUUUACUUAUGGCUAUGAGUACUUGGGUUGCUCCCCAAGAUUAGUUAUUACACCUCUCACCGACAGAUGCUGGCUAACUCUUACUGCAGCAUUGCGCUUAAAUCUAGCAGGUUGUGUUGCUGGUCCAGCUGGUACCGGGAAAACUGAGAGUGUCAAAGAUCUAGCAAAAUCCCUAGGAAAACAUUGUGUGGUCUUCAACUGCUUUGAGAAUUUAGAUUAUAAGAUAAUGGGAAAAUUCUUCUUUGGACUAGUUCAGUCAGGAGCAUGGUGUUGCUUUGAUGAAUUUGAAAAUAUUAAUAUUGAAGUUCUUUCUGUGAUCGCCUCACAAAUCCAAACUAUUAAAGCUGCAAAAGACAGCUUUUCUGUCAGGUUUGUAUUGGAAGGAAAUGAAAUUCGUAUCAAUAUGUCCUGUGCAAUAUUUAUCACCAUAAAUUCUGAAUGCAAUGAUAGAAGAGAACUUCCAGAUAACUUAAUAUUUCUAUUUCGCCCAGUGUCAUUGAUGGCACCACAUUCUGAAAUGAUUGUUGAAGUAGCACUAUUUUCAGUUGGUUUUAAAUCUGCAAAAUCACUCUCUGAAAAGCUAAUAAACAUUUAUGAAUUGGCUAGCAAACAAAUUCCACAACAGGUCUUUUAUAAUUUUGGCCUGAAGAAUCUGAAGACAAUUGUAACAAUGGCUGGAAAGAAGAUAUCAGAGUUUAAAAGUACCACCAGUGACUCUCUUUCUGAAGAAAUUGAAGCUAUGAUGCUGGUUGAGGCUGUGAAAGAAAUUAGUAUACCAAAAUUUCAUCAUGAAGAUAUCAUACUUUUUGAAAAGAUCAUAAGAGAUGUUUUUCGUGAAGCAGUAUUUUCAAGGGAAAAUGACAUCCCUUUGGAGAGAGCAAUACCUAUUGUAGUACAACAAAUGGAAUUUGAGAAAUUGCCUGCUCAGAAAGAUAAAAUUUUACAGCUUUAUACUCAACUUCAGGCUUUUGUUGGUGUGAUGUUAGUAGGUCCAACAGGUGGAGGAAAGACAGCAGUCAGAAAAAUUUUAAAAAGAGCAUUAACGCUAUUACCAGUUAUAGAUUAUUUAUUGUACCUAGAAACCUAACUGGAGUCUUCUCAGGUUACAGGAAGAAAAACAAAAGUAGACACCUGUAUUUUAAAUCCAAAGUGCCUCACUCUUAGUGAACUCUAUGGACAAUUGGAUACUAAUACUAUGGAAUGGACCGAUGGGUUAUUAUCAUUAACAGUUCGAAAUUAUGUAUCCUCAAACUCUAUGAAGAAUUUACCAAAGAAAGAUAUUGAAGUAAGAAAAAAAUCCAAAAUCUCAGAUGUACCUAAUGUUUUCAAUCUCAGUGACUCAUAUACAAAAGAUAUUGAUGAUAAUGUUUUUAUGAGUGAGAUAGAGAAAGAAGUUAUAGUUUCAGAAACUCAGGACACUGAUUGGCAAUGGAUUAUCUUUGAUGGUCCAGUGGAUACUUCUUGGAUAGAAAAUAUAAACUCUAUGCUAGAUGACACUAGAACAUUGUGUCUAGCAAAUAGUGAGAGAAUAACUCUAACUAAAAAAAUAAGAGUAAUUUUUGAAGUGGACAAUCUCUCUCAAGCCCCCCCUUCCAUUCUCAGCCAAUGUGGUAUGGUCUAUAUGGAUCCUGGUGACCUAGGAUGGGAGCCUUAUGUUAAAUCAUGGCUUUUGAAAAUUUCUAAAACUUUGAGUGGACCAGGGGUGGAUUAUGUUGAAGUCCUGAUUAAAAGUAGUGUCACAGAUGGACUACAGUUUAUAAAGAAGUAUCAGAAAUAUCAGCCAUUUCCUGUGCCAGACCUAACAAUUGUUAAAACUCUCUGCAGAAUUCUUGAUGCUUUCUUUGAAUCCAUUUGUGAAAUUGGAGAAUUUGAACAAGACGGUGAUUUGAAGAGUAAUCUAUCUGAAGAAGCAACUUCUGAGUCUUCAAAAGUCAGAUUCAAGAUUAUGAAGGGUUUACCUGGUGCUGAAGAUAAAUGGUAUCUAGAGAAAAAUCAUGAAAAAGAAAAGAGGUUGAUUCAAAAGAUUUUCAUUUUUGCUUAUACUUGGGCAUUUGGAGGCACUUUGACACGUGAGGAUGAACAUGAAGAUGACAUACUGAAAUAUUUAAAUUAUAAUCCUGAGUCUCCUGCAAAAGUGACAAAUGAGUUUGACAAACUUGUUCAUAAAAUUUAUUUCUCUUUUUCAAACAUAGGCUGUAACCUACCAACUGGUCAACAUUCCAUUUUUGGAUAUUUUGUGGAUAUACGACAAGGAGAAUUCGUAUUAUGGUCAGAAUUACUUCCUAGUAUUCACACACUAAUUCAAAGAGGAACUUCAAUAAUAACUAAUGCUGAAUACAAUGAUAACCUCGUGAAGAUAUCAGAAUAUGGAGAGAAUAUUUAUCAUAUUGCUACCAGAGAUACAAAAAGUAUUUCUUUUCUCAUGAGUCUUCUUUUAAGAAAUUCCUUCCCUGUUCUUCUCACAGGAGAUCUUGGUGUUGGAAAAACCACUCUUGUUAACCAAAUGCUUGAAAGACUGCAGGAAUCAGGAGCAUUUAGUGUGAAAUAUGGAUCACUUGUAGGAGAAGUUUUAUUAUAUAAUGAAACUAAAAAAACAAGAAUUAUGACCUCUAAAAUAAAUUUUAGCAUCAAUAUGACAGCUGCUAAAACCAAAGAGAUGAUCCUUAAGAAAUUAGUAAAAAGAACAAAAGACAAUCUUGGAGCACCAAAUAACAACAAGUUUGUUAUAUUCAUUGAUGACCUGACUGUAUCAGAAUCAGAUGGAUAUGGAGCACAGCCAUCCCUGGAAUUAAUCAGACAAUUAUUAGACUUGUCAGGAGUUUAUGAUACUGAAAAUCUUGUAUGGAAGAAUAUUCAAGAUUUCUGUCUAAUUGCAUCAUGUGAACCUCCAUUUGGCAAGAGAACUAUUAACCAACGUCUCCUCAAACAUUUUUCUGUUUUUGUAUUGCCUCAUCCUUCACAAAAUGCCUUGCGUACUAUUUUCCAGGUUCAUUUGGGAAUGUAUUUCUCCACCAAUAACUUUGUAGAUGAAGUUCAGAAAAAUAAGGAUAAAAUAAUUUCUUGUUCCCUUGCUAUGUACUAUCAAAUAUGUGAGAAUAUGUUACCAACUCCAACAAAAUGUCACUACAUAUUUAAUCUCCGAGAUGUGUUUAAGCUUCUCCUAGGAUUACUACAAGCUGACAAUACUAUUAUAAACUCCAAAGAGAUGGUUGCUCUAUUCUUCGUUCAUGAAGCCAGCAGAGUGUUUCUUGAUCGACUGAUAGAACAUAGGGAAAAGUCUCAGUUCUAUCAGUUUCUUUCAAAGGAACUAGAAAAUUAUUUUCAGAUUCUGUGGACUAAAGAAAAACUGAUGAAUGACUCUACUAUAUUUGUGGAUUUCUUGGAUAUAAAUAAAUCUCAUAGUAAAAAGGUAUAUCAGAAUACCAGUGAUUAUAAUAAACUUGCCCAUGUACUCAAUGAAUUCCAAGGGAAGUUGCCUUCAUUCUCUUUGGGGAUUGAUUAUUCUGUGGUAUUCUUUAAAGAAACCAUACAGCACAUCUCAAGAGCAUCAAGAGUCCUUCGUCAAUCAGGAAGUCACAUGUUACUGAUUGGAAUCUCUGGAUGUGGAAAAGAAACUUGUGCAAAACUGGCCUGUCAUUUGAAAGAAUACAAAGUUCAGGAAAUCUCUAUAUCUCACAAUUACUCCUACACACUAUUCAAAGAAGAAUUUAAAAGGGGGUUUGUACAAGCAGGAAUAGAAGGGACACCCACAGUUUUGAUAAUUGUUUAUUCAAACAUGGAAGCGGAGUCAUUUUUGGAAGAUCUGAAGAGUGUUAUCAAUUUGGGGAAAAUGCCUGAUUUCUUUGAAAAUGAGGAGUGGGACUCUAUUGUCCCAAGGAUUCGCACUUUCGCUGAGCAGUCUGGUUGCAGUAACAACAGACAGUCUUUACUUACAUUCUUCCAAAAGAGAGUAUAUAAAAAUCUUCAUAUAUUUUUAACAAUGAAUCCUAUACAACCUAAAUUUCAUUAUCAUUGCAAACAAUAUUCUUCUAUCAUAAGUGCCUGCACAAUUGACUGGUAUGAGAAAUGGAAUGAAGAAGCUCUCCUUCUUGUAACCAGAACUUUCUUAAGAGAAAAUGUGGAUUUUGAGAAAAGAGAGAAAUUACAAGAAAAACUUGUAUCAACAUGCAUCCAAAUCUACAAAAGUGUAAAUGAAUUGAGCACAAAAUACUUUAAAGAAACUGGAAGGCAUUAUCAUAUCUCUCCCAGUACCUACUUAAAAUUCAUGGAAACUUUUGCACACAUGCUGAAAUCACGAAGGCAGGAAUUGCAAACACAGAGGAAUAAUCUUCAUAAGGGUUUGGCCAAGAUUCUGGAAGCAGCCAGUCUGGUUACAGAUAUGCAAAAUGAAGUUGGGAACCUUGGUCCACAACUAGAAAGAAUAAAAAACGAAAAAGAAACACUAAAGAAAAAGCUGGAGAAAGAAUCACAUACCGUCGAGAAAGUUCAGAUGCUUGUUAAACAGAAUGAAGAAAUUAUGGCAGAAGAAAUGAAAAUUGUGGAAGAGUAUUCUCAGGAAAUUGCCAAUGAACUGAAAAGUGUACUGCCAGCUCUAGAAAAAUCCCUUGUGGGUCUAUAUUCCCUGGAUAAAGCUGAUAUUGCUGAACUAAGAGUCUACAAAAGGCCUCCUUUCCUUGUACUGACUGUUAUGAACGCAGUUUGCAUUCUACUGCAAAAGAAACCUAAUUGGACAACAGCAAAGUUACUUCUUUCAGAAACUGGUUUUCUAAAAAAAUUGAUAAACCUUGACAAGGACAACAUACCUGAGAAGGCUUUCAAACGGCUGAAAAAAAUUUUAGCCUUCCCCGACUUCAACCCAAGAAAGGUUGCCCUAGUUUCUGUGGCCUGUUGCUCUAUGUGUCAGUGGGUUAUAGCUUUGAACAACUACCAUGAAAUACAGAAGCUUGUAGCCCCUAAACUAGUCCAUGCAGAAGAAGCUCAAACUGUUCUAAAAAUUAAACAACGAAGGUUGGCUAGAAAACAAAAAGGUUCAAAGCUGAUUGGAGACCAUCUGCAGUCUUUGAAGGCAGACUAUAAAAAUAUUAUUCUUGAUAAACAGAUAUUAUCAAAGCGAAUAAAAUUUGUCAGCAGGCGUUUGCAGCAUGCUUCCCUCUUACUAAAUAUCCUGGGCAAGAAGAGGAUUCAAUGGCAAGAAAGAAUCGAUCAAAUAAACAUGAAGUUGGAGGGAAUUUUCGGUGAUAUACUUCUAUCAGCAGCGUGCAUUGUCUAUAAUGGAGCUUUAACAGCAGAAUUUCGACAGUUAAUGGUGAAUAAAUGGGAGAAGUUCUGCAUUAAAAACAGCAUCUCUUUAUCUUCUAAAUUUUCUUUAAUUGAAGUCAUGACACAAAAACAUGAGGUCUGCCUUUGGCAUCACCAUGGACUACCCCUUGGCCAGUAUUCCACAGAGAAUGCCAUCCUGAUUAUGAAAACUCUGCAGUGGCCUCUGCUGAUCAACCCACAUAAGCAAGCAGACAGCUGGAUCCGGUGGCUGGAAGGAACAAAGCUGCAGGAGCUCUCUGCCGAGGACAGUAAUUGUGUCCAAAAAAUUGAAAAGGCUAUAGAAAUAGGAGGAAGUGUCUACUUGCAGAAUCUCACUGAAACUAUAAGUCCAAGGUUAAAGGCAAUUUUGAGAAAGAAUAUAUACAAGAGAAAAGAACAAUAUUUUAUGAAGAUUGAAGAUUCUGAGAUUGAAUACAAUACCAAAUUCCGGUUAUAUUUAUCUACAGAAAUGGAAAAUCCUGACUUUCCCCUAUCAAUGUAUAAAAGUUUUACUAUUAUCAACUAUACUCUAACAUUCCAAGAUUUGCAAAAUCAAUUAUUAUCCUCUGUAUUGAAUUAUAGAGUUCCUCAAUUAGAAAAACAACUUUUCCAGUUAUGGAAGAAAAUUUUCCUUAAUGCUAUUACUCUUGAAGAACUGGAGAGAAAAAUACUAAAUUUACUGCAGAAUUCACUAGGGCAUAUUCUGGAUGACGAGAACAUUAUUGAGGACUUAAAAAGCUCUAACACAAAUUUAAGCGAAAUUUUAAAGAGCAUCGAGUCAACAGAAAGAGAAGAACGUGAAAUUCAAGAUACACGAGAAAGCUAUCUCCCUCUUGCUACCCGAGGCUCCCUGCUCUACUUUCUAGUGACUAAUCUUACCCAGAUCAACAACAUGUACCAGUUCUCCUUGGACUGGUUUCGUCGAGUUUUUGGUUCAUCCAUCAUUCACAAAGAGCAAGAAGAUUACUUCAUAAGAAAGAAAUUAACUUGGAGAAGAGUAAGCUCAAAUGCCGGAAAAUCUUCUUAUGUAGCAAAUAAGGAGACUCUCUUAAAGAGUUAUCUUAAAACUUCAAUUGAUCUAUUGACAAGAAACGUUCUUAAGGUGGUCUCUUUAGCACUAUUUAAUCAACAUAAACUUUGUUUCUCUUUUCAACUUUGCAUUACAAUCAUGCAAAAUAAUGCUAAUGGAAAUACAGAGCAGGAUGAUAUGGAAUCCCUUACAGAUGAAGAAUGGAAUAUCUUCCUUUAUUCUGGCACAAUGGUUAAUAGUAGAGAUGCAGUUCUCCAGUAUGAACUUGAUAAUGUAUAUGAAGUCUUUACACAAACCACUCUCCCAUGGUUGUCAACUGACAAGUGGAAACAAUGCCAAUAUGUCGCUAGCAAACUAGAAUCAUUUUCCUAUUUAUGCAAAUCCCUUUUAUCAAAUGCACCACAAUGGAAUGCUUUUUACAACAGUAAAGAUGUUUAUUCUCUGAUGAGUGUAUCUUUCUUGGAAGAAAGUAGUUCGGAGGAGUCAGGUAAGGAAGCAUCAGAACUUGAACUCUCUGAAAAUGAAGACAUAUAUGCACCUGUAAAUUUUCCCUGGGAAAAUCUUACUUCAUUUCAAAAACUUAUUUUGAUAAAAAUUAUUAAACCAGAAAGUUUACAGAGUUCAGUGAGACAAUUUAUAACUGAAAAUCUUGGAAAUAAAUAUCUUCACAGAACCCAAGUGAAUUGGAAAGAAUGUUACAAAGAAUCCAAUGCCAGGACCCCAUUGAUACUUAUUCACACCCAGGGUUUUGAUAUCUCCAAAACUCUCCAGAAAUUAACAAAAGAGUUAAAGAAAGCAACACACCCAGUUACCACAAUUUAUCUGGGUCGUGGCCAGGCAGCUAAAGCAGAAGACAUCAUUGUGAAGGCCCUUAGCAGAGCAGAAUGGGUCUUCCUCAAGAACUGCCAUCUUGCAGCAUCAUUUAUGCCCAGACUUUGCACUAUUAUAAAAUCAUUUCAGAAUCCAGAUAUGAAUAUAAACCCUGAAUUCAGGCUGUGGUUAAGCUCAAAAUCAGACAGUUCAUUGCCACCUUUUAUUCUUCAAAGGGGUUUAAAGAUUACCUUGGAAAAUCCCCAGGGGAUGAAAAAUACUUUACUGCAUACAUUUGGAUUGGAUGAGAAUAAAGAGGUGACAGAAGAGAUAUUUAAAAAAAAAAACUGUGGACCAGGGUGGAAAAAAAUUGUAUUCAGCUUAUGUGUGUUUAAUGCUCUGGUCAGCGAAAGAAAAAAAUAUGGACUAUUGGACUGGAAUAUAGCUAAACAAUUCUGUUCUUCGGACUUGGAGGCAUCUAUAAAUCUGAUAGGCAGUAUCCUAAACGCACAGUCAGAGGUCCCCUGGCAGACACUGCAAAGUGUGAUUGGGGAAGUCAUUUAUGGUGGCUGGACCACGGACAUCUGGGACCAGCGAUGUUUAAACACUCUGCUCUACAAAUACUGUAAUCCUGAUGUGCUGACAAAGGACUUCCAAUUCUCCGCUGAUAAGGUUUGCUGUCCUCAGCUGGGAACACCUGAAACGAUGAAGGACUACAUAACAAUUAUCAAAGCCUUGCCUGACGACGACACUCCUGAACUUUUAGAAAUGCACCCUGAGAUCACAAGGGAAUUCAGAGAGACCACAGCCCAAAAGUUCAUUGAGGACCUCAUUGCUCUGCAGCCAAAACCUAGCACAGCUGACCUCCUGAUCGGCCGUAAGAAGAGUGACAAUGAACAAGUGAUGGCGAUUAUAAUGGACUUGCUGAAGCGUCUGCCCUUAUCUGUAGAGAAAGAAGACUGUGCUGGAACUCAGAGCACCCUGAAGUGCAUCCUGUCCAGCCCCAUGUGGGAGUCUCUGAAUAAAACUUUGAAAGGUUAUGAUCCCCUUAUACAUUCGGUCUUGUUAACUUUUCUGUGCCAAGAAAUUGAACGAUUUGAUAAGUUAUUAAUUAUUGUACAUAAUUCUUUGAAUGAUCUUCAACUUUCUCUAAAAGGAAUGUACUUUUUUACUGAUGAGUUGGAUGAGUUAUAUCACUCCUUUCUUAAUAUGAAAGUGCCAGCAUUGUGGCAGAAACAUGCCUACAAGUCCUGUAAACCCCUGGUGUCCUGGGUCAAUGAUCUCAUCCAGCGUGUGAAUUUCUUCAAUACCUGGACCAAAAUGGCAUAUGCUGCAAUACAUAAUAGGUAUCUGAAAUUCAUCACUCCUUGGAUGUCCAAAAUUUUAUCAAAAAACUUGAAGCCUGCCUAUUUGCAGAGAGAGAGUGACAUGGGUAGAGAAGGAUUUCCUACCAAAUACUGGUUCCCAGCUUUCUUUUUCCCACAAGCCUUUCUUACUUCUGUGCUUCAAGACUUCGGAAGGUACCAAGGAAUCCCUCUGAAUGCUCUCACUUUCACCCACAAAGUAAUCUCUGAUAAUCCCAAUGCCAACGAAGACGCGAUGUUCUCCCUAGUUUUGCAAAGGAGACUCAACAUGAUCCGGAAAGCCUUUAAGGGUAUACACCCCCAUCACAUUGGGGUUCACAUCUUUGGUUUGUUCAUCGAGGGGGCAAGGUGGAAUCAUGAACAAAACAUACUCGAAGACUCGCUGCCUUUUGAGCUGUGUUGUGAUUUUCCUGAAAUAUACUUUCUGCCAACCAAGAUUUCUUCUGAAAAUUCUAAGCCAACAGAAGAGACCAGUUCGGAGCUCUACACUUAUCAAUGCCCAGUUUACCAGACACCUGAACGGUCAAGAAUUUUGACAACGACUGGCUCACCCUCCAACUUUUUAACCUCAGUGAAUUUACCCACAAAGACUGAUCCUACUCACUGGAUCAAAAUGAAUGUUGCACUGCUGUGUGAAAAGAAAGAAAAAUAA